ACGACGACUGCGGAAUCCGCUUUUUGUGCUCGACCCGGACAUCGUUGCCUUGAGCUGCUGAACGGUACAUCGUUUAGGAAUGCCCGCCUCGACCUCCAGCACGCAGUCCAAGCCUGAGAAGAGCGAGGAACCGAAACCAAAGAGAGCAAAAGUGUCGAGCAAACCAGUUGCUCGUGCUUGUGAUACGUGCAGGCGCAAGCGAAUCCGUUGCGACGGCGAGGAAGGAUCUGGGAUUCCUUGUCCUAACUGCGUAGUCUUCAAAACGGAAUGCACAUAUAACGUGCCUUUAAAGAAACAUGGCCCACCGAAAGGUUACGUGAGACUCCUUGAAGCACGUAUCGCCAAGCUAGAAAGUCUACUACGCGAGGACGGACAUGUUAUCACAGAAGAGGUAGGAGAGCCUCUCGACAAAGAUCGCAUACGCAACGGGAAUUUCCCUGGAAAGGAUGACUCUGAAGCACGUCGCCCGAAGCGCUUUUCGAGUGGCUCUAGCUCCGGCAGCGCUGAACCUGGUCCUUCCUACGAGAGUCGCUCCAAGAAUGCCGAGGAUGAUCCCGAAAAUGUCUCAAGCGAUGAUGAGCACUUUAUCGCCACUACCCUAGGUCCCGCCGUCGCCGGUCUCUCUCUGGACCCUCCCCAUCGCAGGUACCUGGGUAAAUCAAGCGGGUUCUCCAUGAUUAAAUCCGCAAUCAUGCUUAAGGCAGAGAAUACCGGGACUCGCCCCACAUGUGCAUUUCGGUCAUUCCGUGAAGAGUUCUGGCGUCCUCAGCUGUGGGAAUUGCCGGCGCACGAAAUUAUACUUCCAAGUUACAAAUAUCCAGAUGUUGAUCUUAUGGAGUCCUUGAUCCGCAUUUAUUUUGAUCAGCUGCACUAUUUGGCGCCGUGCCUGCACCAACAGACUUUUGAGCGAAAAUUCCGGGACGGCCUCCACUUGUCAGAUCGAAAGUUCGCGGAUAUUGUUCUCAUGGUCUGCGCGGUGGCAUCUCGAUAUUCGGACGACGAGCGUGUAUACACCACAGCCUCUGAUUCUUCAUAUUCACCCCAAUCUGCAGGGUGGAAAUGGUUCACUCAAGUUCAGGCAGCCCCACGAUCCCUUGUUGCACCGACCACUUUGGAGGAUUUACAGCUAUACAAUUUGCUGUUCAUAUUCGUGACAGGCGGUCAAGCUCCUCAGGUUGGCUGGGUGAUAGUCGGGCAUGCCCUACGAUUGGCUCAGGACAUAGGAGCCCACAAGCGCAAGUUCCACGAGGACCAACGGAAACUGGACUCAGAGUUGUGGAAAAGGGCAUUUUGGUGCCUAAUCGCUCAUGAUCGUCACAUGAGUGCCGCCAUUGGACGACCUUGCUCCAUUGACGCUGAAGAAAUAGAGGUCGAUUUUCCAGCGGAGUGCGAUGACGAAUAUUUGGAGCACCCUGAUUCCGAUGGGAAGUUCAAGCAAGACUCCGAAAGGCCGUCCAAGAUGGUAUACUUUACCCACUGUCUGAAGAUGAGUCUGCACACGGGGAAUGCACUGCGAGCUAUAUACACCAACCGCCGAUACCAAGCUCUCAUGGGGCGCAACCAGCAAGGUUGGGAACAGCGCAUCCUUGCCGAAAUGGACUCUGCGUCCAAUCAGUGGUUCGACACGAUUCCGGCCCACCUGAGAUGGGUGCCCACCUGUGGCGAUCCCACCUUCUUCAAGCAAUCUGCGUUCCUAUAUAUUAAUUACUAUCAGAACCAAAUCCUGGUACACCGCCCCUUCAUGGCUUCAAAGAAUUCGGCGCUGUCGUUGUCAUGCCUGGCCAUAUGCACUAACGCUGCUCGCUGCAUUCUGAACGUCGCUGACGCACUUAGACAGCGGAGGGAGAGCUACCCUGGCACGAUCGUACCUACGUUUACUGCUACGAUGUUCCUGUUACUGCAAGCCUGGGGAGGUAAGAGAUUAGGGAUAAGUGCAGACCCUGAGAGUGCGAUGGCAGAUGUACACAGAGGUCUCCGUGUGCUUAAACACCUUGAGGACCGCUGGACCGUCGCUGGAGCAUUAUGGGACAUCAUCUGGGAACUAGCGUCCAUUACUGAGCUGCCUCUUCCCGUGCCCCAGAAAAACUGCAGGAGUUUCAAACGUCCGAGGCGCGGUAGCAAUCUACCGACC